AUGUACACCGUCGCUCAAGUCCCUAUUUCCCAGAACAACUGUGGUUCGGCCAGCUGCUUCAAGUUAGUCCAAUUUGCGUUGAUCCAGUCUUCCGUGUCUCUGAACAAGAUCUACGUAACACCUCCCCAGCUGCCUUGGGACCAACGUGAUUUGAAGGUGUUUAUGGCUCUGGGGCCCUGCGAUGUCUCGCAAGCAGAAACCUUGAAUGAGACGCCGCCGAAUCGAGAAUACCACUAUCACAAAAAGUUGGGCUUCCUGAACGGCCAUGAGGGGCUACAUGGAUGCGUUGUAUACCCGCCAGACAAUCCUCUCCGAGCCCACAUAGUAGUUGAACUACCAGAUGUUGAACAUCACCCAGAUAUCUUGUGGAUUAUGAUAGCCUUUGUAGGAGUCGGUCUUGACGGGUGA